AUGAAGGCUAAAGGCGAGUUGAAGGAAUAUGAAGUUAUUGGCCGCAAGUUGCCAUCGGACAGUGAGCCCAAACCGCCACUGUAUAAAAUGAGAAUCUUCUCGCCUGACCAAAUCGUGGCAAAGUCGCGCUUUUGGUACUUCUUGAGGCAAUUGAAGAAGUUUAAGAAGACUACGGGAGAAAUUGUCUCUGUCAGGGAAAUUCCUGAGAAGAGCCCAAUUAAAAUCAAGAACUUUGGUAUCUGGUUACGUUAUGAAUCCAGAUCUGGAGUACACAACAUGUACAGGGAGUACAGAGACCUGUCUGUAGGUGGUGCAGUGACACAAUGUUACCGUGAUAUGGGUGCAAGGCACAGAGCUCGGGCACACUCCAUUCAGAUCAUUAAAGUGGAAGUAAUCAAAGCAGCCGCGUGCCGCAGACCACAAGUGAAGCAGUUCCAUAACAGUCGCAUCAGGUUCCCUCUACCCAAACGUGUGCACCACCACAAGCGACUCAACACCUUCGCCUACAAGAGACCCAGCACUUACUUCUUGUAA